AUGAAGAUUCCCGUCGUGGACUUUUCAUCGUGGUACAACACUCAGGAUGAAUCCUCUCGUCAACGGGUCGCACAUGAACUCGUUGAGGCCUGCCGAGAAGUCGGAUUUGUCUGUAUCGUGAAUCACUCUCUGUCUGAAACCAUCCUCAAUGCAGCGUUUGACUGGAUGAGACGCUUUUUCGAACUCUCGGAUGAAGAGAAGAUGCAGGCUCCCCAUCCAGAAGGCUGGGCUGUGCAUCGAGGUUACUCAUGGCCUGGGUUGGAAAAGGUCUCUCAGACUAUGAGCAGCGGGAAUGAUGAUGAGGCCCGAAAAAAGCUGAGAGAGGUCCCUGAUGUCAAGGAAAUCUAUGAUAUCGGCAGUGAAGAAAAUGCCGCCCAGCCCAACCAGUGGAUACCCAAAGAAACACUUCCUGGGUUCCAGGCCUUCAUGGUCCGAUUUUACUGGGAGUGUAAUAAGGUUGGAAGCGAAAUUUUACGUGCUCUGGCUACCGGGCUCGAUCUGGAAGACGAAUGCUACCUAACGAAGAGGCACUCGGGCUACAACAACCAGCUGCGGCUGCUGCAUUAUCUGCCUGUUCCAGCCGAAGAUCUCGAAAAAGAACGAACAGCCCGAUGUCCGGCUCAUACAGAUUGGAGUUCCAUAACAAUGCUCUUCCAGGAUGAUUGUGGUGGCCUGGAAGUGGAGGACGUUUCUCGACCGGGCAUAUUUGUCCCCUCUGCUCCUUUGAAGAACUCCAUCGUUUUAAAUGUUGGAGACUUACUACAAAGGUGGAGCAAUGAUCGCCUUCGGUCUACUAACCACCGUGUCAGACUACCGCAGCUCUCUGAUCGGUUUGAAGGGCCGCAUCGGAUGACACGUGAACGAUAUUCGAUCCCUUACUUCAUGUCUCCCGACCCGGAUAUGGUCAUCGAAUGCAUUCCGUCAUGCAUGAGUGAGGGAAACCCGGCCAAGUAUAAGCCAAUCACCCAGGCGGAGUAUAACAAAAUGCGUGCUUCUAUGAUGUACUAG